UAUGAAUCCACCUCCUGGAUUAGGCGAUGAUGAUGAGUAAUCAAUUGGUCCUCCACCUGGGAUUGACAUACCCAAAAAAAAGAAAUUUCACAUUAAUAAAAAAUUAAGUUAACAAUAAACUUCAUUGGAAUCCUUGAAUCUUGAACUCAAAGUUACUGUGAAAGAUUAACAUUUCGAUCAAGUAUUUUUCAAUUGACAAUUGUAGAUUCCUAUUGCAGAUGAGUAUUUAGAACCCUCCAUGAACAAUUUAAUUGGAUUUAAUGGAUAUUUAUGUGACACCUCAGGAUCUGAUUCAUUAGCACUUUGGGAUCAAGAAAUGAAAUUAAAGAAAGAAUACAAAGGAUUAAUUGAAAACAUGCCCUAUUCAUUAAUUGCAGUACAUGAUAAAAUUUAUUUAAUCUUCGGAGACACAUUACUCUUGAUACAACCUGAAACUAAUAAGAAGACAAUCUUAAUUGAAUAACCACUUACCGCCUUUUGUGUAUCAGAUCAUACUAAUCCAAGGUAGUGUCAUAUACAUACCUAGAAUUAUAGGUGUCAAUGAAGGCGAAAUCACAUUAUGGAGAACCUCUAAUCUAGGCAAACCAAAUCUUUAAGAACCAAUUUUUAAUAAUUUUGUUUCUAAAUCCAAGGAACUUAUAGAAUUAUAAAAAAUUUUAUCUGAAAAAUUUGAUGAUUGUGAUGAUCUCUUGAUGUUAUAAAAUGGAUUAGUUUUUGCAAAAUAAAAUAAAGUAGGUGAAGUAUUCAUAGUUGAUUUUGAAAAUGACUAAUUAGAAGAAUUAUAAACAACAUAUGGAUGUGCUGUAACAUGUUGGACACCAGUUUCAUAUGAUUCAGUUGCCUUAGCUUCUAAUGGUUAAAUUGUACUUACAAAAUUCUUAAAAAAUAAAUAAGCUAUUGUAUAAAUUGUAUUGAGUUCUUCCAAAGAUGAUAUUCAUCAUGGAUUAUGUUAUUCAAAUAAUCAUUUAUUCUCAAUUAAUAAAAAUGCUAUUGUAACAUCUUGGAAUAUUCAAACAGGAAACAAAAUUAAAACAGUUGAAGUCAAAUUCUGUCCUGGAGUGUACUCAUUACAAUAAAUAAACCCAGAAAUCAUUAUAGCAGAACAUAAAGACAAAAAAGAUUUCAUUCUAUUAAACACAAAUCUAGAUAAAUAAUUCUUUUAUAAAGCAAGAGUCAAAUAAAUUUUACAUUGUUGUUCAAGUCCAAAUGGAGAAUUUAUAGCACUUGUUUAAAAAUGUGGAUUACUUUAUGAUGAAGAAGUAAUAUUUCAUAUUGAAAUUGAAAUCUAUCCAUUUGAUAAUAAAUUGGAAUUUGAUAGAAGAAAAGAAAUAGAUAAUCUAGAAAUCAAAACUGUCAUGUUUUUAGAUAAUUCAACUAUUCAAUACAUUCUAAAAAUCUCAAAAAGUGUUAAUCCCAUUCUUGUCAAAUGGAAUUAUAUGACUAAUGAAUAUAAUGAAGAAGAAAUGUUGGUUGAGAAAUAUAAAACUUGUCAAUUAUAUUUUAAUAGAUCUGUUUUCAGUUAUGAUUUUAAACCAGCUCCAACAUAAUCAUUCAAUCUUUUUGGACCCAAAAGAAUUGAUGAUUCUAAUCUUAUCACUGGAAUAAGUGUUUAUGAUGAGAAUAUUAAGAGACUAUUAAAAGUUUCAUUUUAAUAAUAAUUUAAUGCUGAUGUUUUUGGAAUGCCAUGUUAAAAUUUGCUAUAUGUACUCAAUAAUAAAAAUCAAAUUGAAGUAUGGGACAUCACUAUAUAACAAUAAGUUUAAAAAGGUAUUUAAAUUACAUUAUAUUAUUUAGCUGAUUGUCGUCCAAGUAUUGUUAAGUAGAUGAAAUUCAGUGAAUAAUAUCUGUUCCUUAAUGCUCAAUCUGAAUGGAUUAUUAGAGACUUAAAAUUAAGUCAGAUAUGCAAGACCAAAGGUGAUCUCAUCAAUAAAUGUCUAUUUUUGAAUUAAAAAUGUAUCAUAAAUCAAAAAUAGAAUUUGUUUGAAUGGGAUUUAGCUAAUAAUCAAUGCAAAUAGAUACCUAUUUUCAAAGUUUAUGACUUUUGUCUUGUGUAGAAUAAGAUAUUGGUUAUUGGGGAAUCCACUAUUAGAUUGUUGACUUUAUGA